CAAGGCACGGCUAUUGAUUGGCAAUUGGCAAUUGACUGGGACAACAAGAGAGCCACAGGUGUCGUCAAUCAAGAGAUGGACAAGUUUGUGUGUAAAUAAAAGCGGCUUGUCGAGUCCCAACAUGCAGCUCUGGUCUCUCCUUGGAUCCAGCAGAAAAGAUGUCUGGGCGUGGAAAGAAAGCUGCCCCAAGGCCCAAAUCCGCCGUUUCCCAGUCCACGAGGGCAGGCCUGACCUUCCCAGUAGCUCGCAUCCACAGGCUGCUCAAGAAGGGCAACUACAGCCAGCGAGUGGGCAGCGGCGCCGCCGUCUACUUUUCGGCCGUGCUGGAGUAUCUCUGCGCCGAAAUCCUGGAGCUGGCGGGCAACGCCAGCCGAGACAACAAGAAGCGCCGCAUCGCUCCUCGCCACAUCUUGUUGGCGGUGAAAAAUGACGAGGAGCUCAACAAACUACUGUCCGGGGUCACCGUUUCUGAAGGCGGCGUGAUCCCCAAUAUCCAAGGGGCGCUCCUUCCCAAGAAGACCGCGGUCCGGAGAGAGGAGGUCGCUGAAAAUGACAAUACCAGGAGUCCUACUUGAAAUAUGGAUUUAUCGCAACAGGUGAUUCUCACGCACCAAGCCCGCUCUGCAUAAUAUGCAGCGACCGGCUCUCAAACAUUAGCAGGGAUUUUGUGUGAGACUCUUUUAAAAGAGUUCGAGCGCUACUUCCCAACUUCAAAGGACCCACGAACUGCCAAGGAAUGGAUCCGUGACCCAUUUGUCAACAAACCGGGCUGUAGUUUGGGGACCAGUAAACUUUACCGCUGCCAGGUAUUUUUUUUUUUCUAUACUUUUAUUGUAAUAUUUUCAGAAUGUGU